AUGGCAGAAAAGUAUUCUCGGUUCCGCGAUCCUGGCACGGGGAUUCAGGUGUUUCUCACGCCCGUGUGUUCGUCGAGUACGUCGAUGAACUCGGGCUUGGCGAGCGCACGGCUGACGACGUGGAUGCUGACACCCAUCUGGAUACUGCUCGGACUGGUGCGCUCGCUACUGGCGCUGGUCGGAUGGCUGAUCUACGUGUGUGGCUCAGCGGUUGGUCUGCGACUUGUGCUCUUCGCGUUGGGGUUCGUACGGUUGCCGCUCGAUCCGGGUGACAACAAGCGCGAUCCGGAUCGGUGCAAGCGCCAGCGCGUGCAGCCGCAAAAGCGAGAUCUCGUGCUGGCCAACCACAGCUCAUGGAUCGACUUGUUGAUCGUAGCGUAUCUGUAUCCUGGCGUCAAGUUUCUGGUACCCGUGAUCGACGAUGCCAGAACACCGCAGACGACGCCGCCAAAUGCGCACGCGCAAAGCGUGCCUCGAAGGACGCCCAAGAAAAACGCCAUGUCGGCCCACACGAACAUGGACACUCGCACGCCGAGUGCGGCGGACAUCGUCGUGACAGGCUAUGCGAUCUUGGGGCUAAGCCAAGCGAUUUGGUUUGUCGGUGGGCUUGCGCCGAGCCGCGCGCAACUGGACGCUGCAACGCGCGUGUAUGCCAGCAUCGAUCGCGCCAUCUCGCACGCAUCGUGUGCACUGGUCAUGUUUCCCGAAGGCACAACCUGCAACAACCGAGCGCUGCUCAGCAUGAGCGUGCUCCCCACCUGCGCCCCCGCCACUAUACGCACCACGCAUCUCGUCACACUCAAGUACUCGCCGCCUACGCGCACCUCGAUCUCGUCCAUCUACACCACGCGCACACCGCACAACUCGAUCGUCCGCCACGCCGCCCGCCUCGUCUUCCUCUGCAGUCCACUCCGAUCCGUGCUCCUCAAAUCUGCCGUCUUGCCAUCCCAUCCUACCGCCUGGCCAGAUCACGUCGCCUCCGCCAUCUCCAACCUGGCGCGCCUCAAGACCACCACAAUCCACUGGAGCGCCAAAGCCGACUUCCUCCACAUGGUCGAAACCAGAAGCCGGCGCGCGUAA